AUGAUGGUGGGAACUGCUAGCUUGCCGUACGGGUCGUCCGAUUGCCAACACAUCAACUGGAGCAGUGGCUUGUUGAGACUUUGUGCGUGGAAAUUUCGACACUCGUUACAGGCUGAAUGA